AUGUUUGCUGCACGAAGAGCAUUGUCGGGCGCCAUUCAGGCGAGAGCGUUCUCAGCCAGCGCGAGAGAUUUAUCGAAAGUUACUGUUCUGGGCGCCGCCGGUGGAAUCGGACAGCCACUGUCUCUUCUCCUCAAGCUCAACCCCAGAGUUUCUGACCUUGCUCGUGUCGCAGCAGACAUCUCCCACAUCAACACCAAAUCCAAAGUAACCGGCUACGAGCCCACACCCAGCGGCCUCGCAUCCGCGCUCAAGGGCGCCGAAAUCGUGCUGAUCCCCGCUGGUGUCCCCCGCAAACCAGGCAUGACCCGCGACGACCUUUUCAACACCAACGCAUCCAUCGUGCGCGACCUAGCAAAGGCAGCCGCCGAAUCUGCCCCUGACGCCAACAUCCUCGUUAUCUCGAACCCAGUCAAUAGCACCGUGCCCAUCGUCGCCGAGAUCUUCAAGAAGGCAGGUGUCUACAACCCAAAGCGUCUCUUCGGUGUCACGACCCUGGAUGUUGUGCGCGCAAGCCGCUUCGUCAGCGAGAUCAAGAGCACGGAUCCCGUGGACGAGAAAAUCGUCGUUGUGGGAGGCCACUCGGGUGUUACUAUUGUCCCACUGUUCUCCCAGUCCAGCCACCCCGACCUAGUCGGCAACCCGGAACUGCUCCAGCGCGUGCAAUUCGGUGGUGAUGAGGUUGUCAAGGCAAAGGAUGGUGCCGGAUCCGCUACCCUGUCGAUGGCGAUGGCCGGUGCGCGGUUCGCGGAGAGCCUGUUGAAGGCUGCGCAGGGCGUGAAGGGCGUUGUUGAGCCUACUUUCGUAGACAGCCCGUUGUACAAGGACCAAGGUGUUGAGUUCUUCGCCAGCAAGGUUGAGCUGGGCCCCAACGGUGUGGAGAAGAUUCUCGAUGUUGGAAAGAUCGAUGCUACUGAGCAGAAGUUGUUGGAUGCUGCCUUGGGGGAUUUGAAGAAGAACAUCGUCAAGGGCGUUUCCUUCGUUGCCGAGAACCCUGGCAAAUAA